CUUUAGUACUGAGAGAGAGACCAGAGAAAAGGGGCGGGGAACUGGAGGGGUGUAGGGUUUGCGACGUUCUUCUUUUGCAGCAGCGUGGUCAGGCACGGCUGCCGUAUUCCGAGUUGCGAGAUACCGGCUGUGGGGGGUUGUUGUUUUUUUUGGUGCGCUUUGCCUGUUUGGUUCUUGAGCCGGCUGAGGGGAGUAGCCGUACCACCAACAGCAGCCUCCAUUCCCCUCCCCCCCGCUCUCGCCCUUUCCCCGCGCACGCGGCAGCCUCCCUUCUCCCCCAACCCCGCCUUCACCUGGAUGGUCCGCGUCGCAACGGCGGCGGGGCCUCCUCCCUCUCCUCCUCCCCCGUGCCUGCGGCGGUGGCGGGCGGGGGCUCCGCAGGGCGGGGUGUCGUCUGAGGCGGGCGGGUGCGGGCGCUGAAUGAAGAUGGACUAUGACUUCAAGGUGAAGCUGACCGGGGAGCGGGAACGAGUGGAGGACCUCUUCGAGUACGAGGGCUGCAAGGUGGGGAGGGGGACCUACGGGCACGUCUACAAGGCCAAGCGGAAAGACGGAGUAGAUCUCUUGGAAAACAAUGUGGAAUUGGAACUAGAGUAUCUCACUAUAUAUGCUGGAAAAGAUCCCUGGAAAGAUGAUAAAGAUUAUGCUUUAAAGCAAAUAGAAGGUACUGGAAUUUCUAUGUCUGCAUGCAGAGAAAUAGCACUGCUGCGGGAGCUAAAACAUCCAAAUGUAAUUUCUUUGCAAAAGGUGUUUCUGUCCCAUGCUGACAGAAAAGUGUGGCUUCUCUUUGACUAUGCGGAACAUGAUCUUUGGCACAUAAUAAAGUUUCACAGAGCUUCUAAGGCAAACAAGAAGCCAGUUCAGUUACCUCGGGGAAUGGUGAAAUCUCUAUUAUAUCAGAUCCUAGAUGGUAUUCAUUACCUACAUGCUAACUGGGUGUUACACAGGGAUUUGAAACCUGCUAAUAUUUUAGUUAUGGGUGAAGGUCCUGAGCGAGGAAGAGUAAAAAUUGCUGACAUGGGCUUUGCCCGACUAUUUAAUUCACCUUUGAAGCCUUUAGCUGAUUUGGAUCCGGUAGUUGUAACAUUCUGGUAUCGAGCUCCAGAAUUGCUGCUUGGAGCAAGGCAUUAUACCAAAGCUAUUGAUAUUUGGGCUAUAGGGUGUAUAUUUGCAGAGCUGCUAACAUCUGAGCCAAUAUUCCACUGCCGACAAGAGGACAUAAAAACUAGUAAUCCUUAUCAUCAUGACCAGCUGGACAGAAUAUUCAAUGUAAUGGGAUUUCCUGCAGAUAAAGAUUGGGAAGAUAUUAAAAAGAUGCCUGAACAUUCAACGUUAAUGAAAGAUUUUCGAAGAAACACGUAUACCAACUGCAGCCUUAUCAAAUAUAUGGAAAAACAUAAAGUUAAGCCAGAUAGUAAAGCAUUCCACUUGCUACAGAAAUUGCUUACCAUGGACCCAAUAAAGAGAAUUACCUCAGAACAGGCUAUGCAGGAUCCUUAUUUCUUAGAAGAUCCACUUCCUACAUCUGAUGUGUUUGCAGGUUGUCAAAUACCAUACCCAAAACGAGAAUUUUUAACAGAAGAAGAGCCUGAUGACAAAGGAGACAAAAAGAACCAGCAGCAGCAGCAGGGCAAUAACCACACAAAUGGAACUGGUCAUCCAGGGAACCAAGACAACAGUCAUACGCAAGGGCCUCCCUUGAAAAAAGUGAGAGUUGUUCUUCCUACCACUACCUCAGGUGGACUUACUAUGACCUCAGAUUAUCAGCGUUCCAAUCCCCAUGCUGCCUAUCCAAACCCUGGACCAAGCACAUCACAGCCACAGAGCAGCAUGGGAUAUUCAACUACCUCCCAGCAGCCUCCACAGUACUCUCACCAGACGCACCGGUACUGAGCUGCACCUGAAUAAAGUCAAUGCACUGUUGCUAAGGCUGCAGGACUGGACGUGCUGCUGUCUGCCUGGAACCUGGCUUUGGGCCACUAGAAUGUACUGUAACUAUCGCAUUUUCAAAAUGUCUGAUAGCCAAGUUCCACUACUUUUCACAGGCUGGGAGUAGUCGCUCCCUCAGAUUGUACCCAUUUAUGGAAUUAGACUUGAAAAGAAAGUACUAGCACAGUUUGUGUUGUGGAUAUGCUACUUCCAUAGUUUACUUGACAUGGUUCAGACUGACCAAUGCAUUGUUUUCAGUGACAGUCUGUAGCAGUUGAAGCUGUGAAAUGUGCUGGGGGGGGGCAAGCAUUUUUGUUGUUGUGAAUUCUAUUGAUGUUAACAACGUUAUCUGACUAAUAGUACGCAAAAUCUCUUAACUGGUAUUUUAAGCAUACAGUGUGUGCUAAUGAGAUGAAAACAAACUAACCGUGGCUCCAAUUGAGGGAAUUUUGAUAUACAUUGAUUUUUAGUGACUUUUUUGUGGGUUGAUUCAUUUUCCACAUUGAUCAAUGUUUUAUGACCAACAAAUUUGCUACAGAGAGAUUUUUUUAAAGACACAAAAAAAUGAGCAUUUUUCCAGCAGAUUUACAAGCCUCCCAAAGAUUAAUUUUCAACAUAUGUUUUUGUUCUCAAAUCUAUGACUUGACUGGUAUUAAAGCUGCUAUUUGAUAGUAAAUGAGUGUGUUAUUGAGAUAAACCUGUUUGGUUCAGCAACCAACUAAAAUGAUUGUCAUAGACAGUGUUUUAUUUUUCCUGUUGGUGUUAACUGAUUUGUGAGCAUGCUUUUGGAAUUAAAAAAGCAUGAGUGACGUUCCCUGCAAACAAACAGUGCAGCAUUCAUUCAUAUAUUUUUGUCAUGAUUUUUUGACAGCUGGCUUGAUGUAGUGGAUUUUAAAUUUUGUUAAUUAUUUUUAAAUAGGUUCGCACGUUUGUUCAGGGUCUCCCUUAUCAAAACAAAGGAUUAAGGUGUUAGGAGGACCUUAGAAUUUGAGGAAAAACUAUACCAUAAAAUGUACUGUAUCAACCUAUUUUACAUGAAUGACGCAGGUAUUCUGACUUUAAAAAAAACAAAUCAACAUUGUUAAAAACAAGGUGUUACAUAAUAAAAUUAUUUUUCAU